AUGUCGACUUUCUCCAAGACUCAGACUGUUGCCAUGAACCCCCUGGCGGCAGACCACAACCCCUUGGUCUCAGCGAAGACUCCGGUCCACGAGGUCAUGAAUGGCUGUGUUGACCUGCGCCAGCUCUCACAUGAGGAGCGCCGUGGCCUCUUGGAGGGCCCAAUGGUCACGCUCACCCUGAACGGCAACUUCAUCGCUCGGGUUCACAAGCGUGUCCUCAUGGCCGUCUCUCUUUGGGCCAACAAUCGGAUCCAGGACCGCGCUACGACGACUGUUCUUGCUCUUCCCGCAUCGGCCUCGCGCGCCGACCGGAAAGCUCUGAAGACGGUCAUCGGCUGGAUGUCGAUGGCCUACGUUGGAGCCGUCAAGCUUCGUGGAAUUCCAAUGGGCCAGAACACCGUGGAGGCAUGCAAGAUCUUCCACGCUGCUACGGCCCUCGACAUGCGUCCCCAUGUGUCUCACAUUGCGGCGUACUUCCACACCUACAUCAACGACCAGAACACCCUUCUCGGGUAUGAAGAGCUGGAUGCUAUUCUGCGCUCGUUCGCUCCUGAUACUCCGGUCUUCAAGCAUCUUGCUAAGGACCUUGCUCAUCGCCAUCACAAGGGCAAAGUCCCCGACAUGAAGGAGUUCACGGCAUACCUGAAGAAGAACCCUGAUCUCUCCCGCGCCAUGAUUGAGGUCGACAAGGGCUACGCAGCUGCACGCAAGGAGAAGCGCGAGGCUGCUCAGGCCGCCGCGCGCGUCAAGUAUUCGGAGGCUCGUAAGGAGGAGCGUCGUCUGAUGACAGAGCAGCGCCGUCGCGAGGAUUUCGAAGCCAAUCUUUCGGCUGCUCGCGGUGGUCGCUCUGGUGGAUAUGGAAUGGGUAUUUAG